AUGUCUGGCUCGUCUAGCGCUGAACCAAACAACCCUAACAGAGAAGAUCCUGUUGCUGACUCUGCGAAUACCCCACAUGCAAGAAGACCUAAAGAAACUAUAUCAGACUUCUCCUCAGCCAUCGCUCUUGAGGAACGAACCAAAGAAGGUUCCAGGUAUGUUCACAUUGCCAUUGCCACUAUGGUGACUGGAAUAUUGUCUGGUAAUCAUAAGGUCCUUGGGGUUUCCAUUCCCUUAAACACUAUUGAACCUGAUAGUGUUACUUAUCAAGAAAAUACUGAGUCUUUAGGAAAGAAUAUCUCUGAUGAUGGUGAGCAAACUGAUGCUCAUAAGGAUUCAAAUGUUGACAAACCCUUAGAUAAUGUGGUUGGUGAGGAAGUUCAUGUCACUCAUGAUGUUAGUGACAACCCUAACUGUGAGGCUGAAACAGUAGACCUGGAGGAAUUUUCUGAUAAUGAGUUGUUGUCCUCUGUCCUCCCUAGCAUAGCCAAAAGGGUUAGGACUAGGAGAGAAAAGAAAACUGUGGCUCAAAGGUCCCCCAGAAAGAAGAUUGAUGUUCCAACCUCUUCCAAGACAACGGUGGAAGUCGAGAGUUCCCUCAAGAGGAAAGUUCAUGGUCCAACCAAAUCUUGGAGCAAAGGGGUGCCCAAGAAAAAGAAGACCAAGUCUGUUGUUGUUGAGUCUGACUCGGAUGUUCCGUGUAAUGUCUCUGACACUCUGUGGAAAUAUGUUUAUCAGAAGAGGCUGGCUUUGGAAAGGGAAUUAGCUCAGAAUGUCCUGGACUAUAAGGAUAUUAUGGACCAUAUUCAAGAGGUUGGUUUAAUGAAGACUAUGACUCAAUUCUCAAAGUGCUAUGAGAUGUUGGUAAAGGAAUUUAUUGUUAAUUUGUCUGAAGAAUGUGCUGAUGGCAAGUCUAAGGAAUUCAGGAAAGUGCAUGUGAGAGGCAAGUGUGUAAAUUUCUCUCCCUCAAUGAUCAACAAGUAUUUGGGAAGGCCUGAUGUAGCUCAACCUGAGCUUGAGGUGAUUGACAAUAAAAUCUGUCAAGUCAUCACUGCUAAUCAAGUAAGGAAGUGGCCUCUCAAAGGAAAAUUUGUGGCCAGUAAACUGAGUGUCAAGUAUGCAAUGCUGCACAAGAUUGGAGCUGCUAACUGGGUGCCCACCAAUUAUAAAUCUACAGUUGCUCAUGCAGGAAGCUUCAGUGUGAAGGGUCCUAUAGCCUUUCCUUCUCUCAUUUAUGGUAUUGUUUUGAAUCAGUUUCCAAACAUCUUAAUAGAGAAUGAUUCUGUGAAGAAAAGAGACAGCCCUAUGUCCUUCAAACAUAAUCUGUGCCUAGGUACCCAUGUCCCUGACAUUGUCAUGACAACAGGUGAGACAUCAUGUGUAAGCAAUCAACCAGGUAAAGUUGUUGUCAUUGCAAUGCUCAAAGAAACGUGCAGGGAGUUAGAGGCAAGGAAGUUGAACUUGGAAAAAUUGAUUAGCACUUUGGAGAUGAUUGAAGGUGAUGUGCUUGGUGAAGCUGCUGCUGUUGCAGAAGAAGCUGAAAGACAAGGUGAAGAGGGAGAAGCAGAUGCCAGUCCUGAUGAUGGCACAGAUGAUGAUGCUGACUCUGAGUCAGAUGACUAG